GACAGAGAAAAGUUGAACGAGGACAGUUUUGUUGGUAAUCGAAUGGUUGCUAGUAAAAGCUGAAUCUGUUGACCAUUGCGAAAUCGACAAACUGUAAAUGAGAUACAUUCCGAGGAUCAGAUCCGGUCGGAAUUCAACACGUGGAUUGUCCACAGCGAUGAAAAUCCUGGGAUUAUAGUUUAACAUCAUUGGUCUGAUCCAUGAAUGACACAUGGAUACGCGGGAUCCUUACCACGUGACUGGCCUGAUGGGCGGAAAUGAGGCAGACGUCUGGGUGAAUUCAAAUCCGGAAUCUGAUACGGAACCGAGUCUUUAUACAGAGGGUGUUAUGACGGUACCUUAUGGCUCUAGACAUUCUCAGAAUGGUAUAGACUACCACAGAAACAACUCUCCGGUCUUUUCAGCGUCUGGAAGGAGAAUACCAAGUGCAUUAAAACGCUGCGGUGGCUCCCCUCCUACACCACGAAAGAGGGUGUCUUUCACAUUUCCAGACACGAGUUCUGGGUCAGUUGACAGUGAUGAAGACCUCAACGAAGUUGAAAUCAUUCCUUUGCCGAAAACAGUAACACCUGUCCCGAUGCUCAGCAUGAAAGACACCACCUCAAACCAGACGACCAUAUCCCGUGAUCUGAUAUUCCAGAAUGACGUCACGGCGGAAAAAGAUCGACUGCCGAGUAUCGGAAAGGAAAACUACGAAGACAAUUCUAACCUCACAGAGACAAGUUCUCCGGCAACGUUUAAAAGUUUGAGGUCAAAGCUAAGGGGACUGCCGCCUAUGAGGGUUCGGAAGUCUCCGCCAGCUUCGGAUCCUUUUAAGAUUUGUCUACACUGCAAAGGUUCGCUAGUUUCACACGCGGAGCUGAAGAAGAUCGUCGACUCAUCCAUACAUUAUUUCAAGGAUGCUCAGGUCACGUGCCUUCAGUACGACCCCCUUGCCAUCUGGUGUGGCGACCCCGGAGCUGUCAACAGGUGGAUUAUCUCCCUUUCAGACACAGACGCCUGCCAUUAUCUCACUGGCACGGGAGUGAACAUUCACGGCCAGCAUUUUGACGUGAUCAGCUAUGACGAUAUUCUCAAAGAAGAGUACCGUGUGUACAAGAUGAAACAGGAAAUUCUACAAGAAUCCAAAAGAAAAGCACCUAAAACUGUAUGACUACUGACAAUGACAUUCCAGGCAUCUUUAGGCCGACACACAAAUAAUGUUUCCAAUUAAAAAGAAAUAUUUCGUCCUAACAUUUUCUUUAUUAGACACAAUUCACAUUAUAAGUUUUUUUUUGCUAUAUUUUGAUUUUACAAUUUAAUUUAAAUUAAUUUAAAAUUGUUUUAUCGUAA